AUGUUGGAAGGCCUUGUCGUUGGCCAGUUGAGCUUGGUUGUAAUAUUGAUAUUUCUUGGUUGCAUCAUCUAUCCGUCAACUACCUGCAUUUACAAUGCAUUUUUCCACCCUUUGCGUCGUUUUCCAGGUCCAAAGUUAUGGUCCACCACCUACCUCAUUCGUCACAUCUAUGCAAUGCGUGGGGAACUAGACUGGAAACUUCAAUCCUUUCAUUCGAAGUAUGGCCCUGUGGUACGUUUCUCGCCGGGAGAACUAUCAUUCACAACAGAAGAAGCUUGGCGCGAUAUAUAUGGGCACAAGUCGAGCCCUCUGAUCAAAGACCCCAUUGUUUACAAUUCUGUGAAAAUGGGUGCCGACGGAGCAACCAGUAUUUUCAAUGCAGACCACGAUUCCCACGUCCGGAUUCGAAGACAACUGGGCCACGCAUUCUCAGACAAGGCAUUGCGAGAGCAAGAGCCAAGGUUGAAAUCUUAUGUCGACUUACUCAUUCUGAAGCUCCGAGGGGUAGCCGAAUCGCAGCAACCGACAGACAUGGUCAGAUGGUAUAAUUACACAACUUUUGAUCUAAUUGGAGAUCUUGCCAUUGGAAAGUCCUUCAACUGCCUUCAAGACAACGACUAUCAUAGCUGGGUAAGUAAUCUCCAGCAGGGCAUUAAAAUUGGCCCAUAUAUCAGAACUAUCGCAACUUACACUGAUUUCAAUCGCCUUUGGCGAAUCCUCGCGCCUAGCGCGAUCCAAAAGGCAAGAUUAAAUCAUGAGAUAUAUGUCCGGCAGAAUGCAGAAGCCCGUCUUUCCAAGGGCAUCUCAGAAGAGAGACGAGAUUUUAUGUCUUACAUCCUGAAAAACCGUGGCGAGGAGGGCGGAAUCACCGACAAAGAAGUUGCUGCAAACUGUGGGUUUUUAAUCAUUGCCGGGUCCGAAGCGCCUGCCACUGCAAUGUCCGGUAUCACAUAUCAUCUACUUAGGAACCGGGACGCUCUCCAAACACUAACUAGAGAAAUAAGAGAUGCUUUCCAAAGCGAGGAAGACAUAGACCUUUCAAGUACAAGUCACAGAUUGCCAUAUUUGCUGGCCUGUAUCAGUGAGGGCAUGAGAAUCUACCCUCCGACGCCACAUAUCCCUCCGAGAAGGACACCGCCACGAACAAUGACAAGAAUUGCCGGCCAUCAGGUACCAGGCUGGACAUCAGUUGGGGUACAUGGGCUUGCCACUACUACUGCGGAAUGGAAUUUCCAUCGUCCUAAGGAGUUUAUUCCAGAAAGAUGGCUCCCAUCUGCCACACAACAAGCCUCAUCGCCAUUUUUCAGCGACCAUCGUGAUGCUGUGCAGCCGUUCAGUGUUGGUCCUCGAAGCUGCCUGGGAAAGCCACUAGCAUACAACGAGAUGAGAGUCAUCUUGACAAGAUUGCUGUGGAAUUUUGAUCUCGAGCUUUGUGAAGAGAAUGAAGGCAGCUGGCUCGAGCAGCGCACGUAUACUCUCUGGGACAAAAACCCACUGAUGUGCCGUUUGAGAAACAUUAGAGGCGAUUUGUGA